AUGAACGCCCCGGGGAAGGAAAAGCGGCUGUCGCUCCUGAUAUGUCGCGUCAAUAUGCUGAUAAAUCUGCUGCAAAGUAGACUUGCAUUCCCAUUGAUAUACCCAUUCAACACCACCGCACUGAACAAUGAGAAGUCGUUAGAGUUGUACUUAAAGAAAUUAAGGAAGGAUGGAAAUUUUAACGAAGAAGCUUUUAUGAAAACACUUGCAUUUAUAACACCAUCUAUCAUAACCCUAACGAAGUUAGUACACGUUUUGAAGGCAGGUCAUUCUUUAUGUAACUAUUCUGGAAUGUCAACCAAAUUAAGAUAUACGGACCGGAGGCGAAGUGCUAGUGUGUGGAGAUUGUUAAAGCCUAAUGAUGAAAUGAACACGAAACAUUUGAGGUGGAGGAAGUGA